UUAUUUUUUUUUUUUGCCGAUGCUCGUGAUGCCGCCCCCCAUCACGAUGCCUAUCUAAAACCGCUACUGCACCCUGGCCCCUCUCGCUCUCUGUCGCUGGUUGGGUGUUCAGCCAUUUUCAGCCCGCCUCCUUCUUUCUUUCUUUGCUAGACUCACAAGAGAAUCAUCGGUCCUGUUUUAUUCUAACAAUUUUGGGCUGUGGACUUCUUUCUCCCGGAAGUUGGAAUGUGUAAAUAUUAUGAUUAGUGGACAGCAAUGAUUAGCGGAUGGAUGGAGCUGCUUCCUUUUGUGGCAGUUUCUGCCACAAUAUACCGUCCAUAUGUGACUCUGCGCUACUACGUGUCCUUCUCGUGACGUUGUCUCUUCUAUGUGCUGAUGUAGAAGCUCUUCAGGUGAUUGGUGGAAGUGUGACAGUGGAACAAGGAAGUACCGCUAUCUUAUCAUGCCAUGUCAUUGAUACAAAUGAUGACCUGACACAGAUUACCUGGCAGAGGAAGACGAGAGAAAAACCUCACAAUGACAAUUUCCUCACUAUCUUACCCAGAGAGGGAGCGCAGUUUGUCAAUGGAGGUGAUGAUCGAUUUAAAUAUAUCGGGAAUUUUAACAACAAAAAUGGAACUCUCCAGUUUUCCAGUGUUGCCCUGAAGGAUGAAGGCAGCUACACAUGCAUCUUCACCUUGUUUCCCAGUGGAAAUCAGAAGACUGAGAUACCUCUAAACUUGCUUGUGCCUCCUUUCACAAGCGUCAAGGACAACCUUCCCACUUUGGGCACAGAAGAGGUUUUAUUUGCUACCUGCACGGCUGCUGGCUCGAAGCCUCCUGCUGAGGUGAGGUGGCUCACUGGUGCUUUGGGAGACAACAUGAGAUCGACAACAAACUCCACCCAGUAUGACAACGGCACAACUACCACAGUCAGCUCAUUGUUUGGUGUACCUACGAGAGAAAUUAACGGUCACCAGGUCCGGUGUGUCAUCAGCGGUGACUCCCUGUCUACAGAAAGAAGUCUGCCCUUCACUAUACAGAUCUACUUUUCUCCCACAGAAGUGAACAUUAGGGUGAUUUCAGAGGACUCGUUCGAGUGUGUGACAGAAGCCAAACCAAAUGCAAACUUUACCUGGAGCAGAUCUGGCCAGUCUUUGCUGGAGUCUUCUGUCAAAGUAGACGGUGCAAAGCUACAACUGCUGAGCCUGACCUCUGAUCUAAAUGGCCUCUAUCAGUGUGAAGCAUCUAACACAUAUGGAAGUAAGCGCGAUCAGCUCUAUGUGCAUGUGGCAUCAGGAGCGUGCUCUGCUGCAUGGGCCUUACUUGGUGUUUUGAUUUUCCUGAACAUCGUUGGGGCUGCAGUAUGGUACUUUUAUACACAUGAAGAUCAAAGGCGUAUGUUUAGACUUUUUUGGCAGCGUGUCCCAACAAAUGAACCAGCUAUUAACAGUGCAGCGCAACAAGAACAACAACAGAUGGAGCAAUCUCUGUGACAGCUGUGGAAGCAAAGGAUGAGAAUCUGGACUGAAUGCUUGACCAACAUGCCAUUCUAGAGUUAGCUGGUAAAUGAACAGAUGAAGAACAGGUGGAGGUACUUGGUGUCCGUUUAUCUCUCUGCCCCCCUUUUGUUUAUCAUGUCUUAGUUUUUAAUGAAGUUUCUUUAUUGCUUUCUUGUCACUGCCAUGGUAUUUAGGUUCUACUUUUACAUACCAGCUCUGGCUAAUAUGAAUGGCAGUUUUUCUGUGACCUUUACAUCUCCUGAUAACAAAAGCCGUUAUGCUACUGAGGAUAUCAACCCACAGGGCUUCUGUUUGAAACAAUGUUAUCAGUGUUAUCAGUACACCACAGAGACUCGCACAGACAGCACAAACAGUCAAGCGAAGCACACCAUCUGAUUACCUUGUAAUCCGAACCAGUAAAAUUACCAUAUAGUACAUAAUACUUGAAAAAUAGAGCCCCACCCUUGUUAGCACAUGGCAGAUGUUUUACUCGGAUAAUCUAACAUAAAGCAACAUACAAGGAAAUUUGAAAGAAAAAAAAAUCUUUUAAAAAGUCUUAGUGAGGUUUUGUUACUGUGUUGAAUUAUUUACUUUUUUGUUUGUUUUUUUAAUUAAUUUGAAUAAAAUUAAAGAUCUUCAUCCUGCUGAAAUUUUUUCAUUUAACUGUAAAAAGCAGUACGUUGUAGCAUUUUCCAGGAGAGUAUAGUUAGAAAGGUCACGUUUCUUUCAUCAAUCAUUAAUCUUAAUGGCUGUAUUUACUGAGAUUACAUAUUAGCCAAUGGUUAAUGUAAAACUAGAACAGAACACCAAAGCAUACGCACUGAAACGCUGGAAAUAUUGUGGUGGUACUCAACACACUGCAGUUUAAGUCUGCUUCAGCAUCUUGACUAAAAGUAUCAGCCAGGAAAGAAAAGUUUGAGAAAAUUAAACAAGCUAUUUAUGAUUUUAUAGUAUUCACACAUGUAAUUAGUUAUUAGUUCAAUGUUAUCUUCCUAUUUUCGUUAUCUUCACUCUUUGUCAUAAAGUGCAGUGUGAGGAAUAAUAAAAAACAGUGACUGAUAAGCAAAAGUAAACAGUUAAAUUCAGGCACAGAGCCAAAGUAAGCAUAGGCUAAUUGAUAGAGAAGUAAAAGCAAAGAUCUGUCCAAGUAUAGGAAAGAAGUAUUCCCUACAUCCCCCUUCAUGAAUCACCACCUUAUCACGGUGAAGGGGUUUGCGUGCCCUUCUGAUCCCAGGAGCUAUGUUGUCGAGGACAGUUUGUCCCUGGUAGGGUCUCCCAAGGCAAAUUGGUCAUGGGUAAAGGGCCAGACCAAGUGUGAUUCAAAAGAGUUCUAUGAUGAGAAGUUAUUUGACAAAAUCUUGGUUACCAGGGCCCCUUCAUAAGGCCAUUAUUAUUCAUGGGUCUUGGCUGACCCCAGUUACUCCACUGAACCCAUCACCUGCUGGAGGGGCCAUAGUGGUGCAGUGUUAUGUGGAUCGGGGGCUAAAACUGGUUUGUGAUAUAUGGUGAUAAUCAAGUGUUUCUUUUUGAGCAGUGUACUUUGUUGGCUAUCAUACAUAAUGAGAUGGAAAGGUUUUCUAAAAUGUCCACUCAGGCAAAACAAGCUUUGUUAACUCCAGCUGCUGUAGGUGGAGAGCAGUGACCAGUGUAUAAAGUCACACUUCAUACAUGGAUUUAUUAAAUUUACUGCUAAUUAAUAAACAUUCAUUGUUUUAUGGUUUGAUUUUUUCCCCACCAGAUUUGUCAUUGACUGAAAUAUUAUGUGAUAGAUCAGAAGGUAUUUUGUGUGAGGAUGUUAGUGUAAUGUCAAGUUGAAGGAAAAUUUUUUAAUCAUAUUCCAUGUUUUCAUGUGCUAAUUGCUUAUUCUAAAUUAUUAACAUUAAAUUUUGAGGUUUUGUUUUUUGUUUUUUUUAUGUUCUAGUCUUGUUACCUCGCAGUUUCCAUUGUCUCAGUGGUCAUGAUGGUACUUACGUGGAUGUCUCAGUAUAAAACUUUAAAACUGUAAAUAUUGAAAGUAAACAGUCAAGCAAACUGCAGCUAUUAAUAAUUGCUACAAAACAAUACCUUUUUUUAUACUUUUUAGAAAGGUAUUCUGGUACUGCCUGAAGUUUUUGUUGUAAGCUGCUUCACUUUUGUAAAAGGUUAAUUAGCAUAUUUAACUGCUGUUUACCAACAAGCUUGAAGGGGGCCACAGCAGCAUGUUGUUUUAUACUAUUUAUAUUUUAGGAUAGAAACUGCUAAAUCUGUUUUUACAGUUAGUAAUGGAUGUAAAGAUAUUCUUUGCCUUUUUCCUGCAUACUGCUGAAUAUGGUAAAUUUAGUUAUAUAAAUUUUAAUCCUUGUUAGCAUUAGCAACGCUUACAUGUGUAUUUUAACUCUACACUUUAGAUUAUUCAUCAGAUUUUUUUUCUUUUCUUUAAACCAAUGAAGACAUGACACUUGUGGUUUUUAAACCUUUUGAGAAAGUAAGAUCAUUAAAAAUGUUUUCAUUUUUAAAGUAUAUCCAUCCACUGCACAUGAUAACAGUGGUUCUCAAGCUGUGGAACAUGGCCCAGCUGGUGAAGCAUCAUGGAAAAAAAAGGUUUUGUUUGUUUUUUGUUGUUUUUGUAAAGGCCAUUAAAAGAAAACAAGAGCCUGUUGCUUUUAAUGCCGACUUUUAACUAUAAUUCAUCUUGUACCUUUUUGAUUUGUUAAUGAGUAAUUAAUCACUUAAUUAAUUACUAACUCCUUGAUGUGGACGCUAAAGUUUUUUUUUAUUAUUUAAUUUCCUUUUUCAUUUGUACAGUGGGGCAUGUCAGAAAAAGUUUGAGAA